AUGUAUUCAGAACUCUAUUUUCAAAUAUUUUUUUAUAGAAUCAGAAUCUUACCUUCUGAUAGAAUUUCAAAAUUUCCUGAUACUUGCAAAAUUUUAAUACUUCUUGAUAAAAUCUCAAAAUUUUUUGAUUUAACUUGCAAAACUUAUAUCAUGUUAAACUAA